AUGUCCUGCACCCCCGCCAUCACGACAGUCUCGCUGGGCAGACCGGGUCUUCACGGCAUGGAGGCCAAGCUCCGCGCUGCAGCAGACAACGGCAUCACAUCCAUCGAGCUCUUCUUCGAGGACAUUGAGGCCCUGGCCGGCAAUCCACCGCUAGAACCCCACGCCUCGCGCGCCAAGGCCCUUCUCGAUGCCGUCAUCGUGACGCGCGAUCUCUGCCGGAAACUGGCCAUCACCAUCCUAAACCUCCAGCCUCUCCGGUUCUACGAGGGCCUAGUAGACCGGGAUGAGACGGAGCGCAUGCAGAGGGACGAGAUCCCCCUGUGGCUGGACAUGAUGGGUGUUCUCGGCACCGACACACUGCUCGUGGCGUCCAACUUUCUGGGCCCGGACCCUGACACGGGUGCCCCCCGCACUACAGGCAGCAGGUCCGCCCUGGAAGCCGACAUUCGCUUCCUGGCCGACGCGGCGGCGCAGAGGUCUCCCCCCAUACGCAUCGCCUAUGAGGCCAUCGCCUGGGCCGACCACGUAUUCCUGUGGGAGCAAGCGUGGGAUCUGGUACGUGCCGUCAACCGCCCCAACAUGGGUAUCGUCCUCGACACCUUCAACAUGGCCUGCGCCGCCUAUGCGGACCCCUGCACGUCCAGCGGAACCCUGUCCGACAACCCUUCCGUUGCCGCCAUGACCCUGGGGGCCUCGCUGCGUCGUCUGGCUCGUGACGUUGACUUUUCCCGCGUCUUUGCCGUCCAGGUGGCCGAUGGCGAGCGCCUCGACAAGCCUCUCCUGCCGGGCCACCCAUUCCACGUCGCGGGCCAGCCUGCACGCAUGAGCUGGUCGCGCAACGCUCGCCUGUUCCUCUGUGAGCCCUACCGCGGAGGUUACCUGCCCAUCCUGGACAUUGUGCGGUGCCUCGUGGGUUGCGGCUGGCGUGGGCCCAUGGCGUUUGAGGUCUUCUCCCGCACGCUGGCUGACCCUGCGGCUUCGGCUCCCGCGCACCAUGCGAGGCGUGCGGCCCAGUCGUGGGAUGCCAUGUGUGCCACGCUGAGUCUCAGGUCGCUGGAGCCCCCCGUUCGUCAGGAUCAUGAUGCGAAGCUGGCUGAGCCGAUGCAUGUGCCCAUGGAUAGUGGCCGGAGUAAACUGUUCCAAGGGAUUCUGGGACUCAUGUUUAGUUAG